GAUCAACUGCAUGUGAGAUCGAGAUUGUCCCCUGGAGAUUGGGAGUCCAUCGAAUUAAACCAUCGCUUACCUAGGUAUCCAGACGGAGCUUGGGGCAGGGAGAAUGGCGCCUCCGAAAAUAAAAAAGCCCGCGCUGCCACUCAACCUUCUCAAAGAGCUUGGAGUCUCAGAGUCGAAACCGGGCCAGGGACGUGCGGGUGGAAGAGCACAGGUUGUGUCGAGAAAGGAACGUCGCAAAGCGGAAAGGAAACAGACCAAAGUCAAUCAUGCCACGGCUGUCCGAAAUCAUACUAGCGAGCGACCGGGGCCGAAUCGCAACGUCAAUCUUCCACAGAGAGCAAACGGUGCAAGAGCGAAGCAUGGGGCAGUGACUGGCGGUCUGAAAUCCAUUCUGAAGAACACACGACGAGAUUCCGUGCAAGAUGACGAGGAGUUGGAUGAUGUGGACGAGGAUAUAGGGGACGAGGGUGGCAGCGAAGAUCUGCUCUCGGAUGGGGUGCUUGACGAAGGCUCCGAAGACGAGGAAAGCGAGAUCGGAGGCCUUGAGGACGAGGCCAUGGAUACUGCACCGAGGAGAACUCUGUCGAAGACCACAAAGGAGAAACUCGCUCAGGAUGACGCCGAGAUUGCGGAGCUCGAGAGGAAACUUGGCUUAAGGAACCGCAAGACGCUCCCACAGUCUUUCAAGGAUGACGGCCUUGGUGACCUUUUAUAUGGCUUGGAUGGCGGUCCUGGCGAAGAGAAACAAGAGAAGAGGAAGCGCAAAGCAGAGGCGGAAGAGUGGCUUGCCCAAAAACGAAGGAAGGCUGAAGCAGCAUUGGCCGCCCGGAAGCAGCAAGAACCCCGCAUAAAUGAGAGCGAUGAGGACGAUAGUGAAAUUGACGAUCAUGAUGAGGAUAUGGAUGAGUUUGACGAAGACGAUCUAACGGACACCGAGUCGGAGGAGACUGAGCUCGAUGAGGACGAUAUGGAAGAAGACGGCAUGGGAAAAAGUCAAGACGAUUUUGAAGGGUUCGAAUCCGACAACGAGCAUAUUGCGGAAGCACCUCCGCAGAAGCGUGCCCGUGAAAAUCCUUACGUUGCCCCCAUGACGGGGCAGCCUGCCAAAUACGUCCCACCAUCGUUGCGGAAAGAGACGGGUUCAGAUGCCGAACUGGCCGCUCGCAUCCGCCGACAAACACAAGGUCUUGUCAACAGGAUAACGGAGUCGAAUAUGUUAAGCAUCAUGUCCGAGGUCGAGAAGCUCUACAGAGAGUAUCCCCGGCAGCAUGUCACUUCUUCCCUCGUGGAUUUACUGCUCAUCCAGGUGUGCGAUCCAACGAGUCUGCCAGACACGCUCUUGAUUUUGACAGCUGGCUUCGCCACUGCGGCUUACAUGGUGCUCGGAACGGACUUCGGUGGCCAGUUGAUCCAGGAAGUGGUGGGACGUUUUGAGAAGUACUACGAGGAGGCCAGAGUCGCUGCCUUGGAACGGCCGGACGUACCGAAGCAGACCUCAAAUCUCAUCACUUUCAUCUCGGAGCUCUACACCUUCCAGCUUAUUGGUCCCAACCUCGUCUUCGACUACAUUAAGAUGCUGUUGGCGAGUCUCUCAGAGCUCAAUGCCGAGCUUCUGCUUCGUGUGGUGCGGAUGUGCGGCCCUACCCUCAGACAAGAUGACCCUAUGGCGCUCAAGGACAUUGUUUCCUUGAUCCCUCCCGCCGUCGCCACAGCAGGGGAGAAGAACCUCACUGUCAGGACAAAGUUCAUGAUUGACACCAUUACCGACUUGAAAAACAACAAGAUGAAAGCCGGGGUUGGCGCGUCAGCAGUCAUCUCGGAGCACAUCACUCGUAUGAAGAAGUUGCUGGGCCAGCUGAAGUCGAGGAAGCUGAAAUCCACAGAGCCUAUGCGGGUGGGCCUCAAGGAUAUCCAAGAUGCCGACCAAAAGGGCAAGUGGUGGCUAGUCGGCGCGAGUUGGGCAGGCCGAUCGACCAGUGACAAGGGGACAGAGAAGCAUGCAAGCACAGAGCAAGAAGAUAGCGACGGUGAAAGCAUCGUCUUGGGUGAUGUCGAUCAGGGGCCAGACCUGGCGGAAUUGGCGCGGGAGCAAGGAAUGAACACCGAGGUUCGGCGUUCUAUCUUCGUCUCCAUCAUGUCGGCCAUGGACUACCAAGACGCCUACUUCCGUAUCCUCAAGCUCCGACUCAACAAAGAACGCCAGCGGGAGAUACCUAAUGUCAUCAUUCGCUGUGUCGGCGCAGAACAACACUACAACCCCUACUACACGUUGGUCGCCAAGAGGUUAUGCUCAGAGCAGCGCGAGGUCAAAUGGGCGUUUCAAGCCAGUCUCUGGAAGCUAUUUGGGAGGAUGGGGGAGUCCGGUUUCGACGAGGAUGAGGUGGAAGAUGACGAGGAAGAUGAGGCCAUAGCCAUGAGGCGAAUUGUCAACACGGCCAAGAUGUUUGGUGCACUUGUUGCUGGCAACAAUCUGGGCUUGGUUGUUCUCAAGCGACUAAACCUCUUGUAUCUGCAAAAGAAGACGCGGGACUUUGUCGAAGUCAUGCUCGUCACUGUCCUGCUCGAAUGCCAGGGCAACGAACAGCCAAACGAGACGAUUGCCAAAGUCUUCGGCACUGUCGAGGCGGCACCGGAAUUGGCGAGGGGUCUGCAGUAUUUUCUUAAGAAGGUCAUCCGAAAGUCUGACUUGGCUGGUGCGAAGAAGAAUACGAAGCUUCUCAAGGAGGGAUGCAAGAUGGCUGAGGCGGUUGUCCAGGCCGCGCUGGUCAAGGCCGAGGACCUGGUAUGAGGUUGAUCGAUCCCUUAUCACCCUGAAAACGCCGUAAGGCAAGGAUAGUUUCCCCGUAUAUAGCUCGCAGAACUAGGAUACCCCAAGCCUUCCGUGCCGAUUGAUGUUGGUCCUGGCGAGGUCUGUUGGCGGCGCUGCAGUGAUUUUGAUUCGCGGUCACACUGGCAUAUCAUCUAUUACCUGAUGCACACCUAGAAGAGAAACGUCGUGGAAUCAGCACGAAGACAUCACCAGUCACG